UAUAUCCUUCUAUAAAUGCUACUUUGCAUUCCAUUGCUUUAUAACGACUUGGGCAGAAUCCCAUACAGCUGUUCAAUCCACGUGAUUCGUAUACGGAGUGACCGAGUGAGCGCAUUUGGAGCGGAUGAUUGCCGGAAUGUGGGGAAAGAAGGCGAAUUUUCGAGGAACGAACCAGUUGGGCCGAUGAGUUUUGUUCCCCAGACUGGUAGAACCAGCUGAAGCCUGAAGGGCCCUCGUGACUCGUUGCCUUCACGCCUGACCCCCCCAGAUGAUUUGGUGAUUUUCCCGCCGUCUUCCCCAACUCUCCAGUCUCUCCCCGGUUUUCGGUCGCGAUCGCCAGGUUUCAGCCCUCCUUUCCUCCGCUGACUGCGACGAUCCCCCGGCAUUAAAUAUCGAAGACGUCGCUGCUUUUCUUGCCGAAUGGAUAUCCAGCCCUCGCUGCCCAACUUGUCAUGUCGCCUGUCCCCGAUCCAUUGAUAUCCUCAACGUGGCAUGGCAAGAGCAAACGCCCCGCCAACCAUGCCUCCUCACGAGACUUCACCCGGAAUGGCUACCGUCCGCACCUGAAUUUGGAUACCGUGCCGUCGCUGGCUUCGGUCGUGCGAGGUUCGCUCUCGUGGGCUGGCAGCGUAUGGAACUCCGGUGAUACUAUAUCGAGCGAGCACAGGUUCGAGGAGGAACCGCACUCUGAGACAGAAAAUUCCAAGCAAGUCUUGUACCUGCGGAUGCGUAAUGCUGUUUCCGCCGAGGAAUGGAAAGAAUGCGCCUGCGAACUGGAUAAGCUGGAAAAUAACAAUGCGUGGAAGGAGACGUUUGAGUGCGACGAGUACGACCCGGUUCUUGUUCAGGAGCGCCUCGAACAGCUAGAAGCCGCUCGCCUAAGUUGCGAUGUCAGUCGCAUGCUGCACCUGAUUCGCACCUCGCUAAGUCGUGACCUGGCUGGCAUGAGCAAUGCCUCCCUUUACAAGCACGCCCAUUUUGGUACCAAGAACCUGAUCGACCAAUAUAUUACGUCGGCGGUUCAGACGAUCUCGUCUCUGGUGGAAGUGUCUGACGGCAACCGCUGUGAUGCGGCGGAGUCGAGGUAUAUCCUUGACCAGCUUUUAGCUGCGAGACAGGCCUUUGGGCGGAGUGCGCUUCUCUUCUCGGGUGGAGCUACCUUUGGGAUGAAUCAUAUCGGUGUCAUGAAAUCGCUUUGGAUGUCCAAUCUUCUUCCGCGCAUUAUCUCAGGCGCAUCUGCCGGCAGUAUUGUCUGCGCAGUAUUCUGCACUCGCACCGAGGACGAACUCCCUGCCUUGCUAGCUUCUUUCCCUUACGGUGAUUUCUCCGUGUUUGAUGAGGAAAACUCCGAGGAAAAUAUCUUCCAAAAGACCGCGCGAUUUCUCAAACACGGAGCAUUUUUAGAUAUUAACCAUCUGGCUAAUGCCAUGAGGAACUGGCUCGGAGACAUUACCUUCCAAGAGGCAUAUAACCGGACACGCAGGAUUCUCAACAUAUGUGUUUCCAGCGCCGGUGUGUACGAGCUGCCGAAGCUUUUAAACUAUAUCACGGCGCCCAACGUCAUGAUUUGGUCUGCUGUUGCUGUAUCAUGUUCAGUCCCGGUAGUCUUUUCUCCGUUUAAGCUCAUGGCUAAGGAUCCAAUGACGGGCCAGCCUGUUCCAUGGAAUGACCUCUACACACAAUAUAUAGAUGGGUCUGUGGACGGCGACCUGCCCAUGAACCGUCUGUCAGAAAUAUUCAACGUCAAUCAUUUCAUCGUCUCCCAGGUAAACCCACAUAUCGUGCCAUUCCUCCCAAAGGAUGAUGAGCCAAAGAGUGUGGCUACACCAACGUCAAAGGUCUCUCGACUCUUCCAUACCGUUUCGCAUCUUGCGAAGGACGAGAUUAUGCAUCGAAUGGCAGUAUUGACGGAACUUGGCGUUUUCCCGAAUUCAUUUACGAAGACUAUCUCAAUCAUGAACCAGAAAUACUCUGGAGACAUCAAUAUCUACCCAGAGAUUCUUUAUACACACCUUCCUCGGAUACUGAAAAACCCGACCACCGACUUUAUGCUCAAAGCAUGUCUUUGUGGGGAGCGAGCGACAUGGCCGAAGCUUGCGCGUAUCCGCAAUCACUGCGCUAUUGAGCUAGCCCUGGACUCUGCCAUCCAGAAAAUGCGUGCACGAGUAGCUUUAGCUCACAGCCACGCAAAUCUGAUGGUGAAUGCGCUUUACCACUCAACUGAUGGCAGUGCAGACCGUGGACGCAGGAGGAGGGGAUCCUACAAUCAUGAAAUCGAGCAAAGGAAGCGCGUUGUAAGCCGAUUGAGAAAGCCUGGUCUAGCGAAAGUCGGAAGAUCGUUAUCUCAUAGCUUUGAAUCAAGCCAUUCGAAAGCCGAUCUGGAAAUGAUGGAUUGGGCCUGGAUGCACGAAUCUGCCUUUGAACCUAGGAGUUUGGAGCUUGUCUCUAGCAGCGAACGAGGCACAAACGCGGGACCGUCUUUUGAUUUCUCUGUGCCUGAGCAUAACUUCUUCUCGCCCGAUCCCGAAUGCAGUAUUGAGUGUUCGAAACUCUCCUCAUACACAUCGUCGUCGUCGACGACUUCGUCGCCGGCACCAUCUUCUGAAGACCCCACCAAAAAUGGUGGUUCUUACGCGCUCCGCCGUGGCUCUCUUUCUCCAACAUCCAGGCGCCAUACGUUACCGACAAGAUCAAUGUCUCCAUCUCGCUUAGUUCCCAGAAUGACACCUGCUGCAUCGAAAUGUUGAUCUUUCUGCGGUGCUUGUCAAGCUGCGACACGCAGUGUAUGAUGUUCCGCUGCUGCAUGAUCAGCGCUUCAUCGGGACACCGAGCAUUAUAUACACAAGGCUCUGACUGGUGCUUGCACAACUUCUGAGACGAUUCAGGGUGCAUGUUUACGUGAUUCACGAAAGGUUUCUUCUAUAUUUGAUAUCCUUGCACGAGGCAGCUGGCGUCUGGUCAUUUUGUUUUUGGUUUGGUUUGCAUCUGCA